CAGCAUUGAGAUUACCAAUUGAUUCACACAUUCAGUCUCAUUUUUGGUGACGAACUAACUCGUUCAGAGAAAAAGAAAUUACAACAAAAAAAAAAUUAAGUUAAAAAGAAAAAUUGUAUCCCAUUUCAACAGCAAUAACAAGUGAAAUUAAAACGCAUCAAAAAUGCCGAAGAAUAAGGGAAAGGGAGGAAAAAAUCGUCGUCGUGGUAAGAACGAAAAUGAAUCAGAAAAACGUGAAUUGAUUUUCAAAGAAGACGAACAAGAAUAUGCCCAAGUCACGAAAAUGUUAGGCAAUGGCAGAUUGGAAGCAAUGUGCUUUGAUGGUGUAAAACGUUUGUGUCACAUCAGAGGCAAACUGCGAAAGAAAGUCUGGAUCAAUCAAGGCGAUAUUAUACUGGUGGGACUGCGUGAUUAUCAAGAUUCAAAAGCCGAUGUUAUCCUAAAAUACACACCCGAUGAAGCGAGAAAUCUGAAAACGUACGGCGAAUUCCCUGAAUCGGUUCGAAUCAACGAUACUGUUACAUUUGUCGAAGACGGUUUAGAUGAAGACAUUGAAUUUGGCGAUGAGAUCAGUUCCGACGAUGAUGACGAUUCCGUUGAUGCUAUUUGAUAGUUCACUCCACAAAUACUUUUAUUUUAUCCACAUUAUUAUCGAUACGAAUAGGAGCACAUGCAACUGUUGCGAUAUAUCGUUAAGAAAAAUUAUGUUAAGCAUAACCUCUAUUUCUUCGCAAAAAGCUGGUAAAACACAAUAGAAAUUCAAUAUACAAAUAAAAGUAAAUACCAGAAAAUCUAA